CUGCAGUGCAGGACUUUUUAAAUACUUUUUUUACAUGCGUUUUACACUUGAACUAGAAGAAUGACCAGUGUUGCGAGUUCGGUGUCGAUAAAUAAAACUGGAGAAAACAGUAGGAGCAAGAGUUGUGAUACGGUAUGCUCAAGUUCCAGUUGUUUUUUCAAAAGAAGAAAACCGAUUCUACCUUACAAUAUAAGACCACCUCCUCCUUCAAGAUCCACUGGAAAUAUUGUUAGGCAAAGAGUUUUGUCAGCAAAGAUACAAAAAGUUAGAUCUUUACAGAGUCAGCUUAAUGAUGCUAAUUUUCAUCUUGCUGAAUUGGCAAAAGAAAAUCAAGCUUUAAUGAAUUUGCAAAAAAGGCAAGAUAAGGCUUUGUCAAGGUAUGAAAAUUCUAAUGCUGAUCUUCCGCGUUUACUCCACAAACACGAAGAAGAGAUAAGAAACCUUAUGGAAAAAAACAAAAUCCUAAGAAAAUCCUUAAAAGAAACCUCAACAACACUAAAAUUAAAAGAUGAAGAGCUAACGAAAGCAAAAGAACAAUUGUUUCAUUUAGAGACUCUAAAUAAAGACAAGCGGUUGAUUGAACGCGAGAAAUUGUGUGAAAAAGUUGAUGAUCUUCAGUUUAAACUGACGAAAUCUGAAGAGCAAGUUGCGCAGAUAAAUCGAAGACUGAUGCUGGAGACUAAGAAUUCGAAACAUCGACUAAAUGCCGAGAUUGUAAAGAACAAACAAAAUCAAAAGGAAAUCGCUCGGGCCAUGGCGGAAAUAGAUAGACUAACAAAUUUAUUGGAGACCAGGGAAAUUUCCCCCUCAAAGAGACACCAAAGAUUUUCCAGAAUGCCAAAUAGACAGUCGAUGUCUUUGGUGUGCCUAGAUAACAACAGCAUGGACAAGCCGAAUCGUCACGAUAUUAAAGCUCCAGUAAGCGAGGUGAGAUUGGAACCAAUUGCGAAUAAAAUAAUCGAAGAAGCUGAUAAACCGAGUUUUAUGAUGACCAUACCAUCGGAAAAUAUUAAGAGUAGAUUAUCCAGCGGAUCAGGAAGAAAGAAAUCUUUGGAAAAGUUAACUAAUGGCGAGUCUGUUAAAGAUGAAAUAACAAAGAAGUUAACAGAUUUUAAUAAAGACAUUGAUGGAUUUAGAAAGUUUAGUAAAGAUACUGUUAGAAAGUUAACUGAAGAAUUAGAAGAACUGGAAUAUAAUAAAGAGGAAGUGAACAGUGAUGAGGAUAUAGAAAAUAUGGCCAAGAAACAUAAAGAAAAAUAUAAAUCAUUAAAAGACGAAAUUGAUAUAAUAAAAACUAGCAAAAAAGAGUUAAAUAAUGUGGAAGAUAAAGAUAAAGAUCACCAAGAAAAUAGUUUACUACAAUCCAAACGCAGUGAAGAUGCCAUGGGAAACCUUAUUGAUAAAUUGUCAAAUAAAAAUAGUCAAGAGGGUAAUUUAUCGCCCGAAGAUGAUACUGAAAGUAUCGAUUCAGAUAUAUCCACGGAUAAAAAACUAUCAAAAAUUGCUAAAACCUUGGACCAAGCAAUACAGAAAACAGUUGAAAACAAUAGAGGAGAAUUUGACAGAAAAUUGGGCGAAUAUUGUUCAACUGUUAUUAACGAUGUGAAAAAAUGUGACACCAAAAUAAAAACUCACAAAACCAGCAUUAAAAUGUACAAAGAAGACACUGACAAACUCUUGGAUAGCUUUAAUGAAGCUAAAAGCAUGGAGGCUAACCUUCAAAAGUCAGUAUUGGGAAAUGCGAGUGAUUUUGAUUUCUUAAAUAUUUUUAAUGAGACGGCUUUAGAAAGCAGUGAUAAAAAUGGGAUGAAUAAGAAUAAAAUAAACAAUAAUGUUAUGAAGGCUCAACCAAAAGUCAGUGUCCAGGACAAGGAUAAAUUAUUGGCUACAUUGAGGGCUAUUGAUAAUGGAGACACUUUAGAAAGAGUGGGCAAUUUGACCAGGUCUACAGCUCUGAUGGGUGAACUAUUUGGGGACGUGUCUGAAGUAUAAGAUUAUUGUAUAUUGUUAUUU